UGUGAAGUCAUGCCAUUAAGAAAAAUAAGCAACUCGAAAAAUAACAUAAUGUCCAUGCUCUCGUUUGGAGUAAUAUUUUUGGUGGCUGGCUUAGCAGUAACCCAGGCUCAAGUUUGGGGUUCUCUUACUUCUAAUAGUCGUGGUGGUCAAGAUUAUAAUAUGAAUUUUGGUCGUCAGUUUGGAAGCAAUACUGCAAAUUUUGGUGGAGGUGUAUAUGCUGGUGGAAAUACUGCGGGUGGUGGCUUAACCCGAGGGGGAUUCGUGGCCGCUAAUAUGAAUGGCUUUUCAGCAUCGAUAUCAAAAUCUAAGACGGAUAAUUAUGGAUCAACUUUGGAACAAAACGUUCAAGCUAAUCUUUUGAAAAACGAUAAACACCAACUGGAUGCUAUUGCCUUUCAUAGUCGCACAAACUUGGACAAUGGCUUCAAUUUUAACAGAGUUGGUGGUGGAAUCGAUUACAAUACCGCAAAGGGUCAUGGAGCUUCUGUAACCGUUUCACGUAUACCCCAAUUGAACGUGAACACAGUGGACGUGCAAGGAAAAGUAAAUUUAUUAAAGUCCCAAGAUAAAAGUACCACCUUAGACUUGACGGGUACCAUAUCUAAGCAUUCCGGAGGUCCCCUUGAUGGUCAAAUGGAUAAACGUGUUGAUCUUAAACUUACAAAGCGAUUUUGAAUCCAAAUCAGUUAAUAAUGGCUGAUUUGCAAAAACAAUUGCAUUUUCCAAUCUCAUCCGUAUUGGAUAUAUUCUAAAUAAAAUAAAAUAAAUUGAAAUUAUCAGGUAUAUACCACACUAUGCGAUCAUUAAUAUAUUUGUACAACCAAAUAGCAUCAAAUAUUUUAUUUUAAGACAUUAAAAAUGCUGACGAAUAGGCAAAUACACCACCAAGCGAUUGCUUAUUUUUAGUUCCGAAAGAUUUGUAUGGAAAUUAGACGAUAUUUAUUAUUCUUGUAAAUGUAAACAUUUGAAGAACGGAAUAGACGUGGUAAUAAAAGGACGUGGAAAGUUUGG